GAAGCAAACAGUAACUAAAAUUUGACCGUAGAAACACUUCCGUUCUCCUCUGUCUCUCUUGUUUUAUCGUGAUUAAUUACCUCAUUUUUCCAUCCUCAUUCGUUAACUUAAUGCAACAACAAACAAUUUGCACCAUUAGUAUUGGUUGUUGGAGCUGGUUGGUUGUUGUCGCUUGAGUUUGGGAAGUGUCAGUGCAUACUUGAAGCAAUCUCAACAUUAUAUUCGCAUCAAGCAUAACAACAGAUAGAUACAGUACUGAUUAUUUGAUCUCAUAUCAAACAUCAUAAUUCGUGGGGUGUGAAAAAUAGCCUUCACUUUCACUUUCAGCUAAGGUUCGGUACAAUAGAUCAUACAAGAAAGGGUAAUAUUGAUUAACUAAGUUAAAAGUAAAGAAAAUGAAAAGGAGUUGGUGGAAGGUGGCGGCGUUGGAAUUGACUGUGAUAGUGACAGUGGUUCAAAAAUUGAGAUGGAAAUGGCAAGUUUGUUGGGUGGUGGUGGUGGUGGGUCCAUUCCGUCACCAGCAGCCAACGCCAACCACUCCAAAUCCGAUCCUACCCUGACCUCACGAUGAAAGAACGAACCCAGAUGAGAUGAAGAACAGAACAUUAUCGUUGGUGUGAAAUGCUAAAAAAAAUAAAAUGAGUGGGAAGAGUUGGUUGAGUGGCAUGCAUGAGCACCUUAAAUUGGCGAGAGAAUACGCGGCGGAAGGACUCUACGACACCUCUAUCAUCUUCUUCGACGGCGCCGUUGCCCGAAUCGGCGACCACCUCAACUCCGUCGACGACCCUUUAGUGAGAGCGAAAUGGAUGAACGUGAAGAAAGCGCUGGGCGAUGAAACCCAAGUGGUGAAACAACUAGACGCGGAGAAAAGGGCGUUUAAGGAAACUCGACCACGAUCACGAUCACGAUCAUAUUCCUCCUCGUCCUUUGUUUUUCAACCGUCGGAUGAGUAUCCCAUUCCCACUACCUCUCCUCGCGCUUCCACCGUCGACGAACACGACCCCGACGUCUGGAGACCGCCGAGUCGAGAUUCCAGAAGGCCCGCCAUGCCCACUGCCCGAAAGGACGGGGCUUGGAGCCGAGGCUCUACCAGGCCCGCUGCUGGUGCGGUAAAGCCCAGCAGGGUAAGCGCUGGGCCCCGACCACCGGCGAAUGGAAAGAACGGCGGCGGCGGCGGCGGUGCUUCUGGAAAGGGGAGCAGAACAGGUGAUGGUUCACGUUCAGUUAAUGAAGAUGGGAAGAAGUCAAAAAAGUAUGAAUAUGAAGGUCCUGAUCCUGAGUUAGCGGAAAUGUUGGAAAGGGAUGUGUUAGAAAGAUCUCCUGGUGUGAGAUGGGACGAUGUUGCAGGCCUCACUCAAGCAAAAACCCUUCUAGAAGAAGCCCUUGUACUUCCCUUGUGGAUUCCUGAAUAUUUUCAGGGAAUAAGGAGACCCUGGAAAGGUGUUCUUAUGUUUGGGCCUCCAGGAACUGGGAAAACUCUUCUUGCUAAAGCAGUUGCUACUGAAUGUGGUACCACUUUCUUUAACGUUUCUUCUGCCACUUUGGCUUCUAAAUGGCGUGGAGAGAGCGAGCGCAUGGUGCGUUGCUUGUUUGAUCUUGCAAGAGCACAUGCACCCAGCACCAUUUUCAUUGAUGAGAUUGAUUCUCUAUGCAAUGCUAGGGGGGCUUCUGGGGAGCAUGAAUCAUCCAGAAGGGUGAAGUCAGAACUUCUAGUUCAGGUUGAUGGUGUGAACAAUAGCUCCAAAAAUGAAGAUGGAACUCGUAAGAUAGUAAUGGUUUUGGCAGCCACUAACUUUCCAUGGGACAUAGAUGAGGCACUGAGAAGAAGGUUGGAAAAGCGUAUAUACAUUCCUCUCCCAAAUUUGGAGAGUCGAAAAGAGCUGAUCCGUAUCAAUCUGAGGACUGUAGAGGUGGCACCUGAUGUGAACAUAGAUGAAGUGGCGAAGAGGACAGAAGGGUACAGUGGAGAUGAUUUGACAAAUGUGUGCCGUGAUGCUUCCCUGAAUGGUAUGAGGCGUAAGAUAGCAGGAAAAACGCGUGAUGAGAUCAAGAAGAUGUCGAAGGAUGAGAUUUGGAAGGACCCUGUUGCAAUGUGUGAUUUUACAGAAGCUUUGAAGAAAGUUCAACCAAGUGUUUCUCAGGCUGAUAUUGAACGCCAUCAAAAGUGGUUUUCCGAAUUUGGAUCAGCCUAAACACAUUUUUUUUAACUACAAAUCCUGCAUGGUGCAACAAAAUGUGCCAUGAAAAAUGGUGAAAUGGCUACGAGUUAUCUAUUAUUUUACUGAUAUGCCUCUGAAUGAAGAAGUGCAACUUUGAGAGCAUUGUGUAUACACAAAUAUGCUUUUACAUGAAAUACUUCAAAGCAUCAGAAUCAAACCUUGAAAUUGAUUUAGAUUAGAAUUGUAAGCAUCAAACUUUGCCAACAAACAACAAUCACCUGUUAAUACCAAGAGUUCCUCUCACGAUC